GCUCCCUCCUUCAGCUGCGCGCAUCUCAUACCAGCCCUCAUUCCGCACAUUCCAAGCUCCCUCCUUUCAAACUCCAGGCUGGGGGUGGGAGGGCCCGCAGCUCCGGCUCCAGCGCCAGCCGCCUCGUCCGCCAGAGCCUGCGCCCGCCGCCCGGGACCUCAGCGGAGCCGCGGCUUCAAGAAUUGGCGGGCGGGCUCCGUGGAACUGGCUUAGCGCAGCCGCCCCACCUUCCCGCACCCUGGGACGGGUCCAACGGGCGCUCCUCCAAGCGGAGCCUUGGAGGGCAAGGCCGGCACCAUUACCUCCAACGAGUGGAGCUCUCCCAACUCCCCUGAGGGGAGCAACGUCUCUGGGGGCAGUCAGGCAUUGGACAAGCCCAUCGACAAUGAUGCGGAGGGCGUGUGGAGCCCAGACAUUGAGCAGAGCUUCCAGGAGGCCCUGGCCAUCUACCCGCCCUGUGGCCGGCGCAAGAUCAUUCUGUCAGAUGAGGGCAAGAUGUACGGUCGGAAUGAGCUGAUUGCCCGCUACAUCAAGCUCCGGACAGGGAAGACCCGCACCAGGAAGCAGGUCUCCAGUCACAUCCAGGUGCUGGCUCGUCGCAAAGCCCGUGAGAUCCAGGCCAAGCUAAAGGAUCAGGCAGCUAAGGACAAGGCCCUGCAGAGCAUGGCUGCCAUGUCGUCCGCCCAGAUCAUCUCCGCCACAGCCUUCCACAGUAAAAUGGCCCUCGCUCGGGGCCCUGGCUGCCCAGCAGUCUCAGGGUUUUGGCAAGGAGCUUUGCCAGGCCAAGCCGGAACAUCCCAUGAUGUGAAACCUUUCUCUCAGCAAUCCUACACUGUCCAGCCUUCGCUGCCUCUGCCAGGGUUUGAGUCUCCUGCAGGACCUGCCCCAUCGCCCUCAGCGCCCCCAGCACCCCCGUGGCAGGGCCGCAGUGUGGCCAGCUCCAAGCUCUGGAUGUUAGAGUUCUCUGCCUUCCUGGAGCAGCAGCAAGACCCUGAUACGUACAACAAGCACCUGUUUGUGCACAUUGGCCAGUCAAGCCCAAGCUACAGUGACCCCUACCUCGAAGCCGUGGACAUCCGCCAGAUCUAUGACAAGUUCCCAGAGAAAAAAGGUGGACUCAAGGAGCUCUUUGAACGGGGACCUUCCAAUGCCUUUUUUCUCGUGAAGUUCUGGGCAGACCUCAACACCAACAUGGAGGAUGAGGGCAGCUCCUUCUACGGGGUGUCCAGCCAAUACGAGAGUCCCGAGAACAUGAUAAUCACCUGCUCCACCAAGGUCUGCUCAUUCGGCAAGCAGGUGGUAGAGAAAGUGGAGACAGAGUAUGCCCGCUAUGAGAAUGGCCACUACUCCUACCGCAUUCAUCGGUCCCCACUCUGUGAGUACAUGAUCAACUUCAUCCACAAGCUGAAGCACCUGCCCGAGAAGUACAUGAUGAACAGCGUACUGGAGAACUUCACCAUCCUGCAGGUGGUCACCAACAGAGACACACAGGAGACCUUGCUGUGUAUUGCAUAUGUCUUCGAGGUGUCAGCCAGCGAGCAUGGGGCUCAGCACCACAUCUACCGGCUGGUGAAAGACUAAGAGACUCGGGGAGCAGGGAGGGGGGAAGAGACAUCGUGUGCGUAGGGACUCGGGGAGGGGACGUGCUGAGGCAGUCCCCUGAAGUGCCAAGAGAGCUGAGAGGUCCUGACUAUUCCUACCCAGGAACAAACUGCCUGAACCUGCAGUGCCCAACCCCAAAUAAACCCAGGAUGUUGUGUAUUUUCAGAGGACCUGAUCUGACUGUCUGAGCCUUGGAAGGGAAUGGGAAAAGGGGGGCAGUCUGGGAAGCAGGCCAGAAACAGCCCCAGACAUGCAUCUCCGGCAGUUCUGAAGCCAUUGCCCCACUGGACUCAGCCAGGAACGUCGCCAGAUGCUGAAGCUCAAGAUGGGAUGGUCCCCCUGCUGCCACUCGAGUCCCUGUCCUCUGCUUCUGGCCACCCUGAGAGGCCUGAGGAUAGGCAUGUGGGUUCUCCGUUUUGCGCACGCUCACAUGUGCACCAUGGCUACUUGUGCACAAUGCAUCUUCUUGGCACUUCUUGGCCACUUCUGCUGCCACUGCAAAAAGACAGCUAACGGGGAGGAUGGUCUAGCCCAGAGUUUGGAUUUUAGGUGUGGAGCUGACUGAGUUGUUGGGAAAGUUGGAAGGGGAUAUAGAGCUGUUUAGAUGGUUUUCACCCAUCUCUGGUGGUCGUGGAUUCCGUGGCCCUGCCGGCUUGUUAUGGGGACUGGUUCCCAAUCAGAGGAACCCGAGACAUGGAGGGCAGGAGGGGCAGUGCCGAAGCCAGCCUGUGGAGUUGAGGUGCUGAGGUUGGCUCCACGCAGCAUCCUUUUUGGUGGGGAAGGCCAAGGAAGAUGGUUAGAGGUAUGUGGUGGGCCAGUGGUCUCUGAGACCAUUCAGUUCUGAUAUUCUGAGUCUUACCUCAAUGUUCUUCCCAGCCAAGAUGUCUGUUGGGUGGUGACUACCUCGGAGCCAGCCCAGACCAUCCACUCCUUCCCCAAACAGUACUUUCUAUGCUCCCUGGAGAUGGAGGAGGAGGGAUGUGGAACCCCUUCCGGGCCUAGAGGUAACCAUUGAAGGAGUUUUGUGUUUAUUUCUCCCAAUAACUGUCAGGGGCUUUGGAUUUCAGCAGUACUGGCUUUGUCCUAGCUGCCUGGCCUUGGGCAACGUUCUCUACCUGCCUGAGCCUGUAAAAGGGGCAAGCAAUAGCACCUACCUUAGAAAGCCUUAGUGAGGAGGAGAGAGAAUGUCUGCAAAGUGCCCGAUGCAAGAUGCACUAAACUUUAGGAUAGCUUAUAAGGUGCCUCCCUCAGGGAAGCCUGGGUCUGGCUCUUUGCUGCCAUCUAGUGGCUCUUUGGUAUCAUCCCUGAUGGGAACCACAAUCCCAGGAGCUUGGGAUUCAACCUACAGGUGUUUACUGUGUUCCCAGCCCUCCAGGUGGUAGUAUGUGGGAAUACACAAAUGAGGAAGACAGCAUCUAGGAGAGGGUACUGAGUGGUAGUUAGGAGCGAGGGCUCUGGAAUCAGACCACCAGGAUUGGAAUUCUGGAGCUCAGCUACUGACUAGCCACGUGGCCUUGGGGAAAAUUAUUUAACAUCAUUGUGCCUCAGUUUCCCCAUCUGUAAAAUGGGUAUAACUGUACCUACCUCGUAUACAUAAAGUGCCUAGCAUAGUGCCAAACACAUAAAUGCGUCUGAUAAAUUACUUUAUUAUUAAUAGUAGGAGCUUGCAGUCUAGAGUCAGAUUGGGAAACUCGUAAGUGUGGCGGAUCCUCAGAGCAACUGGAGUUCAAAGAUGAGAGAGAGUAGGGUGUCGAGGAUUCAAGGAAGGGGCUGCAACUGAAAGGAGAUGCCCUGUAAAGGAUGAGCAAUGUUUAGAUAAGCAGACAGGAAGGCUGGCCAGCAUUGCAGGUGGGGAAAAGAAGCCAGCUCUUCAGUAUCCUUCUGUCCUCCACAGGCCAGCACCCCUUCUUCAUCAAAAAGCAACUUUAACAAACACCUCUGAGCUACUGCUAGACCUCCUGCCAAGUUGCUUAACUCUACUGUACGUGGGGGCUGGCUCUCAUCAGAAGCUGUGAUGUGGAGGUGGGGUGUGGGGUCCCUGAGUCCCUGAGCGGGCAGCAUGUGCUCACAUGUCUGUGGGGGUUUGUGUUUGUGUAAGGGUCUCCUGCCCCUCCCCCAGCCACCCCUCUCCCCUCCCCUAUUCCUGUGGCAGUUUGAAUAAGGGAGCUCAUGAUGCCUGCCCUGCUAGCUUGACUGGGGAUCUUCAGACAAAUGCUCAUGAAGGAUGUGUGACAAAUGGGACAAAUGCACAAGUUAAGGUGAUGAUCUUUUUGAGUCAUGGGUGGGAAGAAGUCUACAGAUGUUGGAGCCAGGUGCUGGCUGUGCAUUUUCUCUUCUCUUUAGGAACUGACCUCAGUAGCCUAAUGGAGAAUCACCUAACUUCUAGCUGUGAAUUCCAAACCAGUCAGCUGUGGGGAACACAGACAAGAUGUAGGUGCCUAUCUCACUGGUGUAGUGGAGACUGUGACCCUUGGAGCCAAUGGGAGACCUGACCUGGCCCCACCUCUCCAGCAGCCUCAUCUGACACUCCCCUGUGCUUUCUGAAUCACUUACCCAAGUGCCAGUGUGAAGUCACCUUUUCUCAUGCGGAAGAGCUUGUCACUCCUGCCUUUGUGUGGCAAAAGCAUUCCAUUCAUGACGUGUUGAGAGCACUUGUUAUUUGGUACCAGAAUACAUGCCAGGCACCUCUGUGCUAAUCCUCACCAGAUAAGUGCUGUGCUGUUAUUCCCAUUUUAAAGAUGAGGAAAGUGGGGCAGAGAAAGGAACUAACUUUCUUGGAAUACUCAUGCAUUUAUUCCUUUACUUAGCACAUACUUAUUUAACUUUAGCUUUGUGCCUGGCACUGGGAGUGUGUCAAUGACCAAGACAGACAAGGUCCUUGGGGGGCUUAUGUUUUACUGAGGAAGAAAGACACAGUAAAUGAGGAAACAAGACAUGCAGAUGUGAUAUGUGCUGUCAAGGUGAUGAGAGGGUGCUGAGGCUGGGAGUUGCUGGGGCCCCUCUGAGGGUGAGGGCAGGAAGGUGACGUCUGGUGUGUCCCAGGACAGUGUGUCAGAAAUACGGAGGGAAAGACAUGUAGACCAAGGCGCGGAAGCGGGCAGGGGCUACAUACAGAUGGGGAGGAGCGAGUGACCCACCUCUCUCCUCCACGGGCCAGCACCCCCUCACUCGGUAAGGACUUUGGGUUUUACUCCAUGUGAAGGGUGGUCCUGGAAGGGUAUUGAGCAAGGGAGUAAGUCUUUUUGAUCUGAUUUUUAGAAAACAGCACUGGGGCUGUGGCGGACUACAGAGAAACACAUGUAAUUGUCUGCUUCUGAGUGUGUCUUCCCUCCUGGACUCAACUUCUGUGGGUGGAGACUGGAUUUCCUGGUCUGUUAUUUUCUGUAGACCAAACACCAUGCCUGAGCCUAAGGUGCCCAUUAAACAUGUGAUGAAUGAGUGCACAUGCACAAGGCACCCUUUGGGCCUUGAGAGUAGGGGGUCCCUGAGCCUCUGGGAUAGAGCCCCUUGCCCUCUUGACGUGAUCUAGAGCUGGCAGGGAGCGUCAUCGAGAUGGGGAUGUGGAAACAGACCGCCUAUCUCAUGGCGUCUGAUGAUGACGGAGCAGCCUGUGUCCUAGUGGCCACCAGUGAACUUCCAUAGAGUGGGAUCUUCUGAGAGAGACCCAUGCAGGAGGAGUUUGAGGUGCGUGUGCAUGAGUGUGUGCGUGUGUGUGCAUGUGUAUGUAGACAUGGGCUCUGCCCUUUCAGGACUGAAGCCGGCGGGGAGUGUGGAGCAAGGGGCUGCUGGGCCUCCUGCAUGCUGUGUGCACUCAGUGCGUCACUUGUUCCCGCUUCCUGAGGUUUUAGAGGACAGCAGGGUGGUGACGGGGCUAGAGGUAGGAGGGCUGGUGUCCCUUGUAAGCAGGGAGCUCUGACAACUGCUAGGGCUGGUCUUGGUGUGGGGCUUGGUUGGGCCACCAGGGCCACCUCUGCACAGAAGAAUGUUGAGUUCCAGCAGUAAAGUGUUUGGUUUUACCUCGGACAGUUAUACCCAGCAGUCAUUGUGUUUGACCCCUUCUUACGUUAUCUGUUAUGUCAGCUCCAAGAAGGAAACCAAGAAGCUUUUCUCUAAAGAGUUAAAUCUAAACAAGCUGGUUUUAAGAACUUAAAACCUGGAGCCAGGCUGAUCUAGGGCCGAAUUGGUUUCUUACAAGUUGCGUGAUCUUGGGCAAAUGACAUACUUUCUCGAAGCCUUCAUAACCCCAUCGUGGAAUGGGAGCAAAAUUGCUUUGACUUUAGGUUACUGUCAGGAGGAAGAAAGGCCAUAGUAUGUAUGAGAGAGCAGUACCACUCCUCACUCAGAGUGAGCUCUCAGAGAAUGUUAAUAACUUAGGAGUAUAAAAACUUCCUGGACCACUCUUCUCAUUCCUGACACACACGCAUGCACGCAUGCAUGCGCUGGCGCGUGAGCACUUAUUUUUAGAAGAAAAAAAGCUCUAUUCAAAGCAGACAAGGAGAGGCCUCAAGGUUGAGAGAGGGGCCCCCACGGCCCCAGGGAAGGGUCUCCAAAAGGAGGACAGAACAAAUGGUGGGCUAAGCUACUCUGAAUAGGAAACUGUCCAGAAUUCAGUUUUUGUUUACUUCCUGAAAAGGACAGGAAGAGGUGGUCAAGUACCUUCGUAGAAGGGUGGAGUCCAGUUGGCGGAAAUGGCUAAGGGUCUUUUUAAGCUCAUGAUGUCUGAUAUUCAACUAAGUUUUUGUAUUUUUGCUAUGAAAACUCCCUUUGUCUCUCCACAUCUUCAGUAAAGUGUGCUAUGUACA